GACGUUAUUGAUUUUCUUAUUUGAAGAUACAUCAAAAUGCUUACUAUAUACUAUAUUGUCAGCAAUCAGUAACAGAAUUCACUUGUAUCUUACAUGGAGAAAAAAUGAUCUAAAAGAAGGAAAAAUUUGUGGAAAAAAUAAAACAAAGAUAAUGCCUUUUGACAUCUGUCGUAUCGAACGACUGUCAUGUAUUUGCCUUUGCUUUGAUAACAUUCAUUGAUAAUUUGAUAUAUAUCGUUAUCAGUGAAAAACUGUGUUCAGUUUUGGUACAGCUGCUGUUGCUCAUACUUGUUUUCUGUGUCCGUUGCGGAGUAAAAACAUAACAUUUAUCUAAAUAAAGUACACUGUAUCACACUUUUGACAGAGUUAGAUUCUAAGAUAUUUGUACCCACUUACUGGAUCUUGGUUGAGUUUGAUUAUUGGUGAAAUCUACCAUAGUUUCUUUCUCCAGGUGGAGCCUAAAAUUAAAAUAAAUGUCUGCAACAGACAAUGAUGAGGAACCGAAAUUUAUGGUUAUAAAAUAUAGUGAGAAAAUGGAUGUGGAUGCCAAAAAUAUCAUACUAGAAGAAAUUGAAUUAGAAUCUUCUAGUGAAAAUGGAGAGGAGACCAAGGAGAUUAUUAUUGAAUUGGUAGAAAUAGAACCAGAACAAAUAAUAGUUAAAGAACCUGGUCAGAUUGAAAUUUGCAAGGAUACACCAGAUGCACCCAUUGCAGAGCCUAAUGACAGAACUAUGGAUGAGAUAGAGGAUGGAAAAGUAAAGGAAACAAAAGUAGAUGCAGUCCCAGGAUGCUCAACUGUUCCUGAAAUAUCUUUAAUACCCCAAAAAACAAGUGUUCAACUGUUUGCAGAAGACACUGGUCCUCAACUGUAUGAUGCUAAAUGUCCGUUAGUCACAUUACCUAUAAUAACUAAGAACCUGCCCAAAGUAUUUGAAUACCUGCCCAUACAUGGUAAGCCGCAAGAUAAAAAUAUGAAGGAAUUCUUUUCAAAUAAAAUCAAAGAAUUUGUCGGAAGUGGCCUCACUGAUGAUGAGUUUCAAGAGUUAGAAGAUUAUUGCAGCCCGAAUCAUUUAAAAACAGGACGAGAGAUAGUGAUGGGCACAAAUGUACCGGUAAUGGGAGUCCCGCUCACCAGCGGGAAUAUAAUACACAAUCUGGAUGAACCUCCAGAAGUAAAUGAGGACCCCGAUCUCUGUAUACUGAAGAAGAAUAAAGUACGUAUAGAGAAGGAUACCAAGGGAUUGUUCACGAAGAAACUUAAGUAUAGAGGUGUUCGGAACCUGCCCUUUACUCAGGAGAUGUAUCACAAUAUGCCCGCCACUAAGCCUACAAUAGAGGUACCCGAUUUGGAUCUUGAGCCCGGCAAAGAUGUUCUGUACCGAGUCAGAGUCUACAGGCCUUAUACUUAUAGCAUGGCGAAAGAAAGAUUUACCCGCACCCGUCAUUCAGUGUUCUGCUACGACAUUAUCCUGACGGGGCGACACAGACUGUCGGAGCUGCGCGACCGGUUCGUCUGUCACAACGACUUCGACAUGAGAGUCGAUGUCUCCAAUAACCCUGACAUGCUGCCCAAUGCUAAGGCUAAGGAGCUUUUCCCGUCUGGAUUCCUAUUCAUAAACAACGUGUUCUACGUGGACACGCGGGAAGGCUGCGUGGACUACAGCGAACCAAUCAGAGACUGGGCCAUCAAGAAGAAACUAGGGAACUUUCCUAAGAAAGAUAUGUGCAGUGUUAAGUUGGAAGAUCUUGUGUUGAAGUUGGGAUAUCCGGAGGUAUACGUCCACCAGGGGAACUGUGAACACGUAUUUCUAUUCUCAGAAGUACGGUUAUUGAACCCAACAGACCCACUGCGUCUUCACAACUAUCCCUGUUCCACUGCCAUUGCGCAGAACCAAACUGUAUAUUGCACUACAUGCGCAGAAUUUUCAGCUAAAUGGAUCGUCGUGGGGUGUAGCAGAGUUCCCUUCGACCCUGCCUUCUUCUGCGAGACUUGUUUCAAACAGUAUCUGUAUAAAGAUGGUAAAAAAAUUGGUGACUUCAAGGCUUAUUCUUAUAGAGGAAAUGCGUUGAAUGUCCUAAAGCCUUGAAGAGAUAUUUUAUUAUGUAUGAGCAUUAGUUGUGAUGUGAAUGAGGCCUACCGUUUAUUUUGUUCUUCAGAUGGCGCCACUGUCAAAAGAUGUUAUGUCAAAGGAAAACGAGUAUCAUAUUACCCGUUCCCCAUCCCUUUGUAUUGAUUUACAGCGCCCCUAGCGGCGAAUCUACGCGCGUUAGGCCCCAUUCACGUUGGUUACUGGCAGUUGACAAUGUUUUAUUUGUUUUAUAGUUACUGUUACAAAGCCUAUGAGGUAUCACAAUUUGUGUUGGCCAUCAUUACUGAUCCACCAAAUGUAUGUGAUGAAUAAAUAAAUGUGAUAAAGAGAAGAUGACAAUACGAUACUUUAAGAACUAUCAAUAUCCAUACAUCUAGUCUGCUGUAAUUUAGUUUACACUGUAAUAAGUCAUCGUUUGUUUAUUUGUUUUGUUUAAACAACUUAAAAUAUUACUAUAAAGGGAGCACUGAACUCUAGAUGGAAUCGGGAUCCACUCCGAAAAUGUUUCUUAAUGCUACACGGGCGAAGUUACAGGCGGAUAGCUAGUAUAUAUUAUUAUAUUGUUUAAGUAUAUAAAGUUAAGGUAAAAUUUUCCAAAUAAGUGUAAAUAUUUUGUUGGAAAUGAGACUGGUAGAAAAUAUUGUGUGAUAUUAUUUUUACGUGUAUAUGUGUAUAAAAAAGUAAAUGAUAAAAGUUGUUUUUCAAUCAUGAUCAAUGAUAAAUUGGUAAAGUGAUAAUUUACUAUUGAACGUGUUUUAAAAAUUUGUGUACUUGAUAACCAAAAUGUAUAUGAAUGAUAACCAGCCUAUAUUGUACGCCGCUGGGCGAAUAUUGAAUCUCAAACAAUUUUUUUUAAACAAAAAGAGACGGUUAUGUUCAUUAUAGUACAUAAUAUUCUUUUAGAUUAUAUGUGUAACAGGACAGGUUCUAUACACAUUUUGUUGCCAAACUGGAAUAAACUUUUUUAGACUUCA